CUAACGAGCUAUCGUUAGCCAGCCAACAUUGUGCUUCUGUGCUGCGUUUUUUUUUAAAUCACAUAUGUCACAUAUUACUUACUCACCUGGAUAUUCCACACAUCACCUGGAUAUUUGAGAUAUUACUUGCAUAUUUCACAUAGCACUUGCAUAUUUCACCUAUUACCAGCAUAUUUCACAUAUUACUUGCAUAUUCCACGUUUUGCUGGGGCUGCUUAUUGUUUAUUUCAGUGUAAGUUAAGCCUAGAGUAAAUCUAAACCAUCAGAAUUAAUAUCAUCUCUCAGUGAUGCACUUUACAUGACAGAUCCCUCUUAAAUUCCAAGAAAUGUUACACUACAAAUCCUUCAAAUGUUUUAAUUUACUUUAAUCUUGAACCUAACACCGAAAUAUCUUGUAAAAGUUAUUGGCUGAAGAUGAAAGUCACAGAAAUGUAUUGACUGUAAACUAUUGCAGUGGUGUCCAAAGUGCAGCCCGGAAGCCAUUUGAGGCAUGGAGGUCAUUUUUUAAUUGACACAUUCUUAAAGUACAAUUGUAAAAAAAAAAAAAAAAUAAGACAACAGCAAAAAAAAAAGUGGUACGUAAGGAGAAAAACAUUUAUAUAUGAUGUGUAAUUAUUGCUUUGCAUUUUUGUAUUUAUUUAUGAUGUAUUCCUUUUACUUAUUUAUAUAAACAGUUUUUAAUUAUGUUUUUGAAUAAGCCAUUUAUUAAUUGCAACACAUUUUCAUUUUUUUUCUUUCUUGACUAUAAAAUGGUUACAUGUGGUUACAUGUCCAAAGUGUUUUUUUUUAGUUUUAUUUUUAGCAGCAGCAUUCAGGCAUCCAUAUACAUAUAUAUCAAACAUCAGAACAUCAAAAGAAGCUGUAGGGCCACAGUAAAAAAGACAAAAAAAGAUGGAAAACAAGCCUGUUUGGUGUGGAGGGGCCAAGGAACUUUACCUUGAGCAGCUCUGUUGUGUUUUUGUCGUGAAUGAUCGACCAGCCUAGCUUGCACUGCGCAGUCUAAACUAAGUUCUCAGUCGUCCUGUGCAGGCUUCUUCGCAGCUGCUAGUGCUGCUCCUGGAUAUAUUGUGUUGCUAAAUCAUGAUCAAGUACAGAGUGGGUACUGCAGAUUUUAGAUGUAUGCAUUAUUACCAGAUUGGACAGGAAUUGUGGAUGCAGUAGGCCCUAACGUGAUGGAAACCACAAAGACUCAAACUACCGUACUCCAGGGUCACUUUUGAAAUAGUACUAGAUCAAACUGAAAGUAGAAGUUUUGUGGAAAUGUGGAAUUUAUACUGCAAAUGCUUGCUUGGUACUGCAAUGUUCCUGGUAGGGUAAAUAACGGUUUGAUCCCCUGCUGAUUUUAAUCUUACAUUAUAAAAUAUAGAAGCUAAUUCUAUACAAGUGACAUUCUCACAGUGUUUUCAAAUGUGUGAAAGACCACAUCAUAUCCCCAAGUAUGCUGUAAGACAUGGGGAAAUGAAGUCUCUAGUCUUGUGAUACCUGAUGCAUGUCUCUACAGUCGGUUAAUCUAAGGAUUUAUGGCUGAUCUUCAGCGAUCAAGGAUGCUGCUACUGACGCAGCUGUAUCGCUAGCUUUUCAAACCGGAUAUCCGGUUGUAUCGGUUUAUCUUUCACAACCCAAGAUGUGACCAACCAUUUCACAAGUAAAGCAUUAGCGCUUGUUAAAUGGGUUUUAAAAGAUCUAUUAUAGGCAAAAAGUAAGCCUUUGGAAACAAGCUAGCUUACCUGGCACUAGACAUGUGUCGGUUACUGGUUUCAAGGUAUACAGUUGUCCCUCGUUGAUCACGGUUAAUUGGAAGCAGACCUGAUCGCGACAAGUGAAUUUCCGCAAUUCAAUGUUAAUAAACGGAAUAUUUUCAUAGCUAGAGCGUAGAAAAACUGUUGAUGACUUUCUAAACACAGUUUUUAACAUUAUUAGAGCCCUGUAGACAUGAAAUUACACCCUUGUAGUUACCUUUAUUCUUUGUUUACACCACAUUGCACAGGCUACGGGAUCACUGCAGGGACAUGAGACGGCUGCCGCUAGCAUAGCAAGCUACCGAGCUAACUAGUUAGCCUCUCCAAUUGAGUUACUCUCAACUUAAGGAAGUGUUUCAAACUAAGUGGGGAAGCAGGAUAAAGUAAGAAGCCAAACACUUUUUUUCAGUCUUUCAUGUUGUACAUGCCAUGGCUGACUCCAUGCAGUGUGCACGGAAUGUAAUAUAAGAUUCAAGAUUCAAGAGUUUUAUUGUCAUAUGCACAGUAAAACAGGUAGUUAUGCUAUGCAAUUGUCAUGUCUCAUCAGUAACUAAUUGAUUGAGCAGAAUACUACAUAUAACUUGUCUUUCAGUAUUUUUGACUAAUAAUAGGCCAUAGUUAACCACAAAACAGUGGGCAUCGAACCGCGACCUAGCGAGGGACAACUGUACCACGGUAUGAAAAAAAAAAAUCAUGGUUUCAAAGCCACUAAAAUUUUCCAUCUUACCGUUCCCACGUCAUGAGAGAAAGUGGAAGUCCAGCAGGCCACUACGUACAAAUACUUUGUUGAAAGUUGGCUUCAAUUUUCACAAAAAAUAAAUUGUAUAGAGCGUAAUUCUAGUUUUCCAUGCAGAAAAUAAUGUCAAACAUUUCUAAAUGAUGAACAGGUGGAAUGUAUUGUUGAUGCAGACUUCCCAUACAUCCUGGCGAGCAAAGUGCUGGCACUCGCAGCUUUCUUUGGCCCCAUGGUGGGUUAUGUAGCAGUCCCACUCAAUAAAAAAAAAUGCACGGACACACAUAGGGUGCUUUGUUUGAGUACUGGAUUUCACAGAAUGAUACAGUACAGGUCAAACGGGCUAGUUUGUUACGUGCGAACUGAGCUGUACAAAAACCGAGGCAACAUUUUGGCUACAUUUUUCGACGAAAAACAAAUCAAUGUUGGAUGUUGUUGUAAGAGUAGUCACUGUUAAUGGUCAGUAUAGUGUAAUAUUGUGAUGAUGUGAUGAUAUUUUGUGAUGAUCAUUGAUUGAAGGGACUCUGAGUGUCCUGUUGGUCAAAUCCGGCAUUGAAAUAUGAAUGUCCUGACUUGAUGGACUUCUAUUUGUAUUUGCUCGCUGUGUCAUCUUUGUGUAAGCGUCAGUCGAGGGCACGGCAGGGCACAAGGCAGGGCGUUGUGUCUUUUCCAGAUGGCUGAGCAACUUGCGACAAAAGGACUGUUGUUGAAAAAUCAUGUGACGGUGUGUGUGUGUCUAUGUGUGCUGGUUCCACCCCUGUCAUGUGAUGAGGGGCAGGGCUGUGAGGAGUGAGGGGCAGGACUGUGAGGAGUGGUGAGCAGCUCCUGGACACAGCACAUGAAAUGUGUGGAGAUGGAAGGAUGCAUGGCAGACACAGGAAGGUUGGGAGAUUCACACACAUUCUGGGAAGGACACAAAAGAGAGCUAUACACAGGAUGUCCUGAUCUAGUUUGCUGGAUGACAAGAGGAUUCACGCUAUUCAUCUGUCUCAACACCUGAGCGCGUUGGUUUUAUGGCAGAAUGAAUGAAACCCUGCCUUUCACUCCAGUGGUGGAAGCUGUGGGGAGUCACAUGACUGGUUAUCGCUGAGGAAUAUGAGUCAUGACCUCAGUGGUUCUGGUUGACUCUGGUGGGACUGUGGUGGAGUAUGUCACAGCUGUGGAAGACCCACAGCAGCAGGAGGGUGAGUGUGAUGCGGACCUAGAACCAGAGGGACAAGUGGAGGACGAGGGCGAAGUGGAGGACGCCUAUGAAGAGGCUGAGCAUGGAAGAGAGGAUGAAAACUGCACAGCCAUCAUUGUGGAGGAGGUACCCGAUGCCGGCUUAGCUGAGGCGGUGAUGUACGAUGACGAAGCCAACGGCAUCCAGGAAGUGGGAAAUGAGCAGGACGUGGAGUCAGAAAAGGGGGCAGUGGAGGCUUCUGUCCAAAGCGCCAGUGUGCACUGCUCUGACAAGACCAUUGAGGCUGCAGAGGCUCUCCUACACAUGGACUCACCAUCCAGUGUCAGAGAAGACUGCAGUCCAGAAGCUUUUGUCCCGGCGUAUGUAGCAACGCCAGACUUCCUCCACGCCGCCAUGCGUCCCGACAUUGCAGAGACUGAGGUGGAGAUCUCCACAGAGGACUGCUGCGAGGAUGAGGACGAGGAUGAAGACGAUGAUGACGAUAUAGGAACUCUGCUAGAAGAGCCAGAGCCAGAACGUAGCCAUGAGCCUGUCAGGAAGAGGAGAGCUGGACGGAAAUUAAAAACAAAUCAGUCACCUUACUCAGCUGAUAUUGGCAUCAGGAAGAAAACAAGAGAAGGGAAAGCAGGGAGCACCAUCUACUUAUGGGAGUUCCUGUUGGACCUCCUGCAGGACAAGAACACCUGUCCAAGGUACAUCAAGUGGACCCAGAGGGAGAAGGGCAUCUUUAAGCUGGUGGACUCAAAGGCCGUGUCGAAGCUGUGGGGAAAACACAAGAACAAGCCAGACAUGAACUACGAGACCAUGGGACGGGCUCUCAGAUAUUACUACCAACGUGGCAUCCUAGCUAAAGUUGAGGGCCAACGGCUGGUUUAUCAGUUUAAAGAAAUGCCCAAAAACAUUGUCAUAAUUGACGAUGACAAGGCAGACAUGUCCACUGCCGAUGACCCAAUGGAGAUGACUGCGUCCUACGAGCGCAUCCCGCAGCCGUCAGAUGUGCUGCUCAAGGCGUCUGACCUCUCCCCCAGAAAGCCCAACAUCCUGCGAGGCGGAAACCGAGGCAGCUUGGUUAAUUCGUCUGCUGUUGUCGGCAACAAGACCGUGCCAGUCAGCGCCCCAAGGAUUGCGUCAACAGAUGGCAGCCGGAAUCAGCAGGCGGCUGUCAUUUCCAGCGCUUCUGGGCCCAGGACAGUGCGGGUCGCCAUGCAGGUGCCAGUCGUCAUGACAUCAUUAGGCCAAAAGAUUUCUACAGUUGCUCUGCAGCAGCCAGCAGUAAGAACAGGUGCAGCUGGCCAUGCCACCCUUCUGUCCAAUGCUGCUGCUGGAGGCACCAACUCCCAACAGAAGGUUGUCAUCCAGACCAUCCCCACAAUGGUCCCAGCCACAGCGGAGAACGGAGAGAAGAUUACGGUCCAGCUGGCUAAGAUCAUCACAAUCCCCGCCCAUCAGUUGGCUCAGUGUCAACUCCAAACCCCCACAGACGGCAAGUCCAGCGUCGGUGGUUCAACACCGGGAAUCGGCCUCCUUGGAAGCCCCGUGACGGUCCAGACCCUCACUCCGGUCAGCGUGGCCUCGGGAGCGCAGGUGAUGAGACUGUCUGUGCCAACUCAGGCACAACCGCAGACUCUGGUGGUGUCGGGAAGCACCAGCAGCGGGGCGGUCACGGUGUCGACAGCCAAUCGUGCCGUGGCGGCACAGCCUCGCAUCAUUGGGGGCGUUUUCAACGGCUCUGAGCUGGUGGUGGGAGGUGAUAAGCUGAAGGCCGCCGGUGUUCAAGUACAAGCUGUUCAAAUGGCGGUGGCGGUUCAGCAGAACCAGGCCAAACCCCAAAGGGACCCUGAUUCACUAACCAAACUAGAAACGCCCGUCGCAGUAAAGACUCAAGAUCCCGAAUGUUGAUCUGCCAAUCUUUCUCCACCCAAGUGGGUUAUGAAAUCAUGUUAUUAUUCUUGAUACCAGCAGCAGUUUGACAGACUUGUUUUUUGUAGUGUAAAACCUCUUCCACAUAGCCUGGAAGUCUCAAGCGGAGCCCGGCAUGCGACAUAGGAAGACAGACUUGAAUGGGACCAGCCCAGAUCCACUACCACUCUGCCCGGAUCAAACAUUACUUUCAUUUUUAAAUGAACACUGGCACACUACAACAAAUUCGAAACGUCACCAGAAGCUAAACUGGCCGGUAAAAAAAAACAAAACAGCAAAGGAGCUGUAGUAAGACAAACCAGCAGUUUUUACUUCAGUCACUGUUGAAAUGAAAUGUGUGUGGUGCUACAUGGGGCCUGAAAGAGUGGGGAUGUGUUUCAAACACAUGUAGAUACAUAUACAGUAUAUGUAUAUAUGUUGUACAUACACACACACACACACACACACGUACAAUAUAUGUAUACACAGCGUGUGCCAAAAGUGGGUAUACACUUAAGUUUCAUUUUAUUACAAUAACCUGGUCAAGCAAUCAAAUAACCACCGUAAUCUCUUAAUUUGUGCCCCCCAAAAAAACAUUGGUGUCAACAGCUGUGGCUGUAGGCAACCUCCAUGUAUUUUUUUUUCAAAAUCUCCACAAGGUGGCAGUAGCUGCAUUUGAAGUAUUGGGAGUGGUCAGCAUCCAGCAGCUUGAUCUUGUUCCACAUGCGCUUUAAAAAUGUUGCAACUCUGCUUUCUGAGUGAUAAUUUGUAAUUGUAAAAAAUAUGUAAUAAAAUGAAAAGGUUUCUAAGUGUAUCCCUACAGAAAGGCCAGCCCUGUGUGCCUGUGUAGAUUUCUGUAUAUAUAUACUGAAUGUGUGCGCUCGCGUGUGUGUGUGUGUGUGUGUAUACAUUUACUAUAUGGCUUACAGAGCAGUCUUACAGUUUGACACUUAUUUUAUGUAGUGUCUGAACUGUAAGCUGAGCUGGUUUAUUUUUUAUUUUUAUUUUUUGGUCAUUUCCCAAACUUUACCAAGCACAGUAUUAUGGGGGGGGGGGGGAUCUAACAUUGAAAUUGUCAUGAGCUUUCUGUGCUGACUCAGCUUAGAAUGCUGCUACAGAGACCACCAUCAUGUAUGCACACGCUACGCUGCCACCUGUGAGGAAAGUAAAGUCACAUUACAUCGUUGUUUGUUUUUUUUAAUCAAGAAUACAGAUUUGACAUUGUCAAAGUUAAAUUUUUAACGUGAGAAGUUCUCUGUAGGGAACCCUGCAGGCCUCAGUGAGUUAGCUGUACUUUGCAGAAUGUUGAUAGAAUUCUUUUCUAAUGUAACAAAAUAUGUAUAUAACCUAAUGUUUUGUUUUGUUUUUUUUUAAAUCAAAAUACUGAAUGCAAUGUCAGUCUUAGAGUCCCUGGUCAUUUAAAAGUUAUUUUUUUGUCUUGUUUGCUAGCCCUACAUUUUUUUUUUUUUAAUCUAAAGAGCGAAAAUACAGAAGUUUGUGUUCAGACUGAACUGUUUGUAUAUUCAACAUUUGAAGUAUAUUAUAUUUUGUUGUACUCUUGUUUCAAAGUGUAUUAAAGUAGAUUUUACUCAAGCAUAAAACACUUAAAACCUGUAAACUGUUUUUUUUUUUAAGUAAAAGUUUUUUUUAUAUUUGUUGGGACAAAAAAACCCCAAAAAGUUCUAUAACACAGAGUUAGCCAUUUUAUUUUUAGAUCGCAAUUUCUAAUAUAUAUAUUUCCAAUAAUAAACGUGUGUAUGAGUGGGUGGCUGUGUCCUAAAUGCCUCAGCCAAUAGAAGUUCGAUUCCGGCUCCAAAUCUGAAGUUGGCACAUCAGGACAGGAUGUUUAGGAUGUUCAUCUCUAUGGUAG